AUGGCUGGAAAACAGUGCAUUGGGGAGUCUCUCCCUCAAUCGAAGGUACCUAUGGAGUUGGCGGAACCUGUGCAAGGCAAGGUACUCUCAAAGCUCCCUAAGCAUCCUUCUGUUGCUAAUGCUGGCUCCUCCAAAGCCAUUCAGAGAAUCGCCCCUUCUGUGGAAAUUGCGAAAGAUGAUAUCCCUGGUGCUUCAAUGGAAGCCUCUGGUAGUGGGAGGAAUCCCAAUGUUAUGGAGCCCUCGAAGCUCACUACUGCUCCUGCUGAAGCGGCGACCACAAAUUCUGGUCCUCUGAUUCAAGAAGGUAUGCAGCCUCAUGGUAGAGGACGUAGCCAUAGAAGUUUCGCUCCUAAAUUGGCUCAAAGAGAUUCUUCUCUUAUUCGGGCGAACCAAGGUCCAAGAGAUGGUGCUGAUAAGUUGAUACAGCAACAAACUCAACGUUCUUGGGCUACCAUUGCAAAAUCUGCAGAAAAGAUAUCGGAUGAAAUCCUUCGGAACUCCGAUCCUAAGUGGAAGGAGUGCCUAGUUGGUUACUUUGUGGGCAAAAAGUUGCCUUUCAAAUUGACUGAGACUGCUGUCAAAACCAUCUGGGGAACUCAGGUUGUGGAUGUUCUUGCUAAUGGUGAUGGUUUCUUUUUCUUCCAUAUUCCCGAUGAUUCUUUUCAUCGUAGAAUUGUGGAUGGGGGCCCCAUAACCAUUCUUCGAGUACCUAUGAUAUUGCAACAAUGGCAUCCGGCAAUGAGGUUGGAGAAAAACCAACACGAAACCCUACCUGUAUGGGUUAGAUUGAAAAACGUACCUAUUGCACUUUGGUCUGCUUCGGGUAUAAGUGUUGUGGCAAGUGCCCUUGGAAGACCCCUACAUGUGGACAUCCAAACCGAGAGGAUGCGUAUGAUCUCUUAUGCAAGGGUAUGCAUUGAGAUUAAGGCCUCACAGACCAUGUUAGAGUCUGUCGAAAUCCUUUUGAAUGGUGAAAAUUGGUCUGUCAUGGUUGAAUAUGAAUGGCGACCGAUGGCAUGUAUGAAGUGUGGAACCUUUGGCCAUAGAUGCGCUCCGGCCAUUGGAUCGUCCACUGCUGUCAAAAAGGCCCCUGUGCCAGAUGUUGUUGCUGUGAAUGAGCCUCCUCCGGAAGGUGCUCAAUGGGAAACUGUCCGCAGGAAGCAGUCGGGGGAGCAUUCGUGGAUCUUGGCUAAUUCGGCCUCCCCUGCUAAAAGGUCUGAUUCUGUCAAUCUCAAGACUGGUAUAUCGACCACUCAGAACUUGUUGCCUUCUGGGCGCUCUAGGACCUCAGCGAGCACUGCAGACCCUGCUUUGAUUGUUGAUCUUCAGGUGCCUAUCCCUGAUUUUGGGAAGGAUGGCCACCAUAUUCCCACUGACCUUGCCUUAUCUUCUUCGGCUAAUUCUUUGGGUUCUUCUGGUUCGGAUGCUUCUAUAGAUGGUUCAGCAAGUGAGGUAGGCAGCGACUCGGAGGAGGAGUUGGCAUCCCCUGUCUCCCCUAGCACCCGUCGGAAAUUUUCUAUGAAUCGAGGGGGUAUCCCUGAAGUUUCGAGAUGGGUUCCUGGUAUGCCUAUUCCAAGCCUCGAUGGCCCUUCCUCUGUGCACAUCCAGCCCCUCUCUGGUGAUCCUAACAAGGAAGAUAGAAACUCCCUUCUGCGUGCUCCCAUGAUGAAGGAUCCCACCCACAUAAGCAUAUAUGGUGAUCAUACUUUUGUUGCUCGGCGUUCUCUUUGGGAGGAUCUUGUGAGCUCUAGCGGUCUCUUUGAGACUGAUCCUUGGCUGGUGGCAGGGGAUUUUAAUGUUAUUCGUUUUAACUCGGACAGGUUGGGUAGCUCCAAUGUUUGGAUACCUGCUUUUGAUGAAUUUGGCAUUUGCCUAGACCAGUCCGGUCUGGAGGACUUGAGAUAUAUUGGCCAUAGAUUCACGUGGUCAACAUCAUCAGGUGACACACGCAAGCAAAGGAAAAUCAAUAGAGUGUUAAUCAAUGACCAGUGGUCCAGUUCUUUUUCCUUCUCGGAGGCAAACUUUCUAGCACCGGGUGUCUCGGAUCAUUCUCAAAUGUUAAUUAGAAUUGCUCAUGCUGUUCCUUCCAGGAAGCCAUUCAAAUUCUUUAAUUUUUGGAUGACGCACCCAUCUUACUCGGAUAUUGUAUCCCAGGUAUGGAAUUCCCAAAUUUUUGGUUCACCCAUGUUUGUCUUGUGCCGGAAGCUUCGGCUUCUCAAAGGACGCCUCAAACAGCUUAACAGGAAUUCUUAUUCGGAUAUCUCCACCCGUGUUGCUCAGGCCAGGUUAGAUCUUAAUUCUACUCAACAAGCUAUCUCCUCUGAUCCUUUUAAUCCAAGGCUGGCAAUCCUAGAAAAGGAGCGACUUCAGGAGUUCUCCUUGCUCAGACUUCAGGAGGAAGCUUUUCUAAAACAAAAAUCCAGGAUUAGAUGA